CGUGCGCCCUGGCGAGGCUGCCCGUGGGAUCCCCCUGAUACCGAGCCGUAGGAAUCGCGCAAAUCGCGUUCCUCGUGGGUUUCAGUGCCACACUUUGCUUGCGAGGUUGAGACAAAAGGGUAGCCGAGUUGUAUUGAAGGUAUGUUUUGUCAGGUACAGACAGCGAGGAGCUCUUGAAUUAUGUGGGGAAUAUUAUUUUCCACUGAUGUUUCCAUUUAGCUGUACCGUGGCGUACACAAUGGAAGGAGCUUCUUUGUCAAGCGGGUUUCUUCUUUGGCUUUACGGGUUGUGGGUGGCAUAUGAAUAGCUGUCACUCACGUGUCGUUCCCCUGUGAAGUCUUCGUGUGUGGGCCUAGGGAUCCCGCCCUGUUUAUGAAACAACACUCUGGAAGUUGUGAAACCGUUCCUCACAUCCGAAACAGCGCCUCUCAGGUUUCUGCGUCCCGAUUUUAUUCGUCAGAACUGUUUUAAGUGUGCCGUCUAUAAAUAAAACCGGAGGUCUGUGUACACAGUCUGCGAAUACAGCCUAUGAUGAAGGGCUUGGUCCUGUCCUUUUAAGGCCAUUGUGAAAAUGUCACAUGACGUACAGCCCCAUUUUGGGGGGCAAAGGAAUGUUGAAAGUUGAAAGAAUGCUUCAACAUAAACUCUCAAAUAAAUAUAGGGGUGUUAUUGAUUGCCCUGCAAAAGCCUUGUUACACAGACAGGCCAUAAAGGCCUAACACUUCUUAACACUCUGCUGCACAGUGACCCACUGUAAGCACCUACGCUGACUGCCUGAACUAAACAAAGUGGAGCAGAGAUAUUCAGGACAUUUGCAUAGUUUUUAUUGAUUCCUGUGAAAGGCUUUACAAUUACGGGGAAAAUUCUCGGCCUAUGCAUUUUAAAGAGCUUCGAAGAAAAUGAUGUAACUAUUAGAGGUUAAAUACGUUGAACUACAAGGAAGGAAGGACGGCUUUCUGUAUCCUUCUCCUCUUCAGCUGUGAGAAGGCCAUUCUCAGAAUUUCACCCUCACUUCGUACAGUAGUAUCACAGCUGUUAGUGUUCAAACAACACUUCAUAAAAAGUAACCACUAUCCCUGGGUAUUCUUUGAGGUCAGAUAUUCCCAUAACAUUACAGAAACAUGCUGAUAUUUUUAUUUCCAUCAAUCAGACACAUAAAGGAUGAGCCAUUCUCAUGGGGUUCUGCUUAUUCAAGCUGAUCCUGGUGGUCACUGUCAACUGAGGUUAGCCUAACUCUGAUAAAACAGUCAGUUCUGGAGGACAAUACGGCAGAAGGGAAAAUAAACGCCUUUGACUAAAGCGCAGAGUGUUUGUACUGCUGAGCGGCCAAGCACAGCCUGUUCCUGUACCGAAGAUGGCUGCAUAUCAGACGUGACGAGCGCAGGUCACCGUGGUUACUCGGGUCCGCCAGGCAAGCGAAGCGGGACCCGGGGGCUGGUUUUGGGCGGAUGGGAGCCCGGUAGAUGGCGCGCUGACCUCGAGAUGCGGUUGCGCCUGGAACACGAGCGCUUUCCCGAGCCGUGUACCCGCAGCGCGUAUUUGCAUAACAGAAAAAAACGCCAGUGCACCCCUCCUCGCUGGACGCGAAGGCAGUGACAGGAAGUGGUUUGAUUGGGCCCCUGGGGACCGGCCCUGUGUAGAUGUUCAGGCCUGUACUGCAGGGAGGGUCACACACAGUGGCUGGGGUAUGACCUCUUCACCCUCUGCUGCUUCCCCCUUCUUUUUUCUUUUGUGGGGGAUACUUCAGGCUUCAGAACUCAAACACCAGAAAUUUUUAUUUAUUCCUCAGGAGCUAAGGAUUGUGGGAUGGGUUUCAAAUUUAUUGGUGAAAUGUGAACACAGCUUGAAUGUACUCUGUUUAGCUGUAUUAAAACAUUAUGUACUGCUGUUUUAACAUAUUUUUAGUACAAACUUACAUCAUCAAAGAACAUAUAAAUUUGACGACGUUCAUUGAUAUAUCUAACUACCCACUGGAUCAUGUGAUGACAAAAUAUUCAUAUUUUUUCACUUCCUCCCGAUCAGAUAACCUCUUGUUUAACUGGAAGAAGGAGAAGAUAUUUGGAGAAUUAGUAAGCCACAUUCUUUCAUCAAGUCGAUCAUAAUGACACGCGGGCUCUUUCGGGCUGGAAUUUGUCGUCUGUGCUGAUUAAAAUCUCCCGUCUCCGAGGGGUUCAUCAUUUGCUGGACAGCGUGUUGAGCGUCUCCUCUGGUUGGCCAGGCUGCGCCCUCCCUUUUCUCUCUCAUCUGCUCUCGGAUUUCAGUUUCCUCUCAGAUCAAAACAUCUCAACUGACGGUUUUUCCACACCACAGAUAAGGUUUCUCCUUUUCCCGGGACACACCCUGCUUGUCUGGCCUCUGUAGGGCCUACAGAGAAUGGACCUUCAGUGAGGUUUGGGAAGCGCUGAAUGAGGUUCACAGGCCUGGCGUCGGCUACUGCGCCUCCUUUUCUCCCUGCUGCCGCUGCACAUUCCGGGAGAUUGUGUUUCGUGGGAGUGUUGGAAGGAAUAUCCUCCCCCUGGGAUUCCUGGGAUGGGACACCACGGUAACCCAUCUCCUUUGUUUACCCUGAAUGAGGUGCAGUCGCCAUGGCUUUGUCUUCCACUUCUCUCCACUUCCUGUAUGAAGGCCUUCUGGUCUAGGGUUCAUGUUCAAGCAUCAUAUUUCAAAUGGGCAUGUGAUCACAUAGAUUGGUCUGUACCGUGCCAAAUAAAUUGCUCUGAGCACCUCUCUGGUAAAAAAAAAAUAUCCAACAGACCUGUGCUAAAUAAAGGGAAAUAUGGGAUGAACCACAAUAAUAGCAUGCAGAUGUUUUGUUUUUAAUCAUCUUCUCAGCUAUGAGAACAGUUCCCUUCGGGGCAGGUUUGUGAGAUGCUUAAAACUGGAGCCACGUGUUGGACGAUGCAGUGGGGAAGAGAAGCGAAAGGAUGUACAGAACCCAUCUUUGUUCUGCAGGGUGACCACAUGCUGUCAUGUGUUCGCUUUUUUUCCUCUAAGCAGUCAAAUCGCUUAACAUCUAGAAACAUCCAUGAGCUUCUGGGCGCUCGUUUCCGUUCCACCCUCCCCGCUUCUGGUGGGCUCUCCGCUUCUCCUCAGCGCGGGGCAGGAUGUUUACUUAGCGUGUUAUCACUCGCAAGGUAAUGACAGUUAAUUGCGAGUGCCAGUGACCGCGCUGCGUCUCGGUUGCCUCUCCCGCCGCACUCUCCCCGCCCGCCAGUCCAGAGCGCGAGCUGGCGAGAGCGAGACACCGAUGGAGCUGCUAGGGGCCUUGAGGAAAUUACGCAGGAGGCGCAAGGCGCUCAACGCGUCCGAGGGAGCGCUCUGCAAGUCCCCCUCGGAAAACAGCAUCAACGGCCUGGCCACCGGCCUCAUCUCCAAGGUCCUGAGGUUCACGGCCAGACGGAGCGAGCCGGCAUCACGGCCCCACUCGUGGCACUCCACCAAACUCGGGGAGGGCCAGCCGGAGUCCAGCAUGAUGCAGAUAUCCCAGGGCACCAUGGGUACUCCCUGGCACCAGACCUACCAUUCCAGCGCCUCCACCACUGACCUCUCGAGCUACGACCCUGGAUACCUGCGGAAGAGUCCGGAUCAGUACAGCUCACGGGGCAGCAUGGAGAGCCUGGACCACGGCCACCCGGCCUACAGCUCCUGCCAGCAGCUGUCCCCGUCCAAGUCCUCCGGCAGCAUCGACCACCUGCACAGCAAGAGGGACUCGGCGUACAGCUCCUUCUCCACCAGCUCCAGCGUGCCGGACUGCCCCGCCGCGGCCGGCCUGCCCAUGGGGAAGGAGCGCUCCUACUCCAUGGACAGCAUGCUGGCCCCUCAGCAGCGGGGCCCGGAGGGCCCGCGGCAGGCCGACAUCCGCUACGUGCGCACCGUCUACGACGCCCAGCAGGGCAUCUCCGAGGAGCACGAGGUCAUCGCGGCGGGCCUCCUGCGGGCCGGCGAGAGUCGGGCGCAUCCCGAGGCCCACGGUGGCGGCGGCCAUCGCAGCGGCAGCAGUGGCAGCAGCAGCGGCAGCAGCGGCAGCAGCGGUGGCGGGAAUCCCGCGUCCAACCGCCACAGCGUGGGGCCCGUGUGGGGCGCCUCGCGCCAGCACAAUUCCUACGAGAGCCUGAAGGGGGCGCCACCGCCGCCUCAGCGGAGCGACAGCUACGCUGCUAUCAGGAACCACGAGAGGCCCAGCUCGUGGUCCAGCCUGGAGCAGGCCCGGGCCACGCGGAGCCUGUACAAGGGCUCCUGGCACCACUCCAGCGGCUCUGUGGCCGGGGGGAAGCCUCUGUUCGCCACCGAGGGGCAGCAGCUGCACACGCUGGAGGAGAAGAGCCCCGAAAGCAGCCCCACCACCAGACCCAGACAGGGCCUCCCGCAGGCCCCGCCCACGGGCCGCCUCAUGCUGCCCACCGGUAUUUAUCAAGUACCCCCACCGGAGCCCCACUUCGCCCAAGCACCCGCCUCCUGCCCCAACUCCAGCAGUGUGUACCCAGCAUUGGCUAAAGAGAGCAGGGGCAACCCCCCUAGCGACCGGAGCACGGGGGUGGGCAGAGACAGUCCGGCGGUGGAGAACGGAUACCAAAGCAGCACUUCCUCCUCCGCUGGCCAGCCCCCCUGCGUUCCCCAACCAAAAUCUCCGUCCCAGCAGACAGACAGGCAGCAGGAGGAGCCGCAGGCUGGCUGCAGCCUCUACAGGCCUCACUUUAAGCCUUGGGCAGAAUCGCACAGCGUGUCCCACAUGCAGGCUGAAGAGUGCGGCUUCAGGAGGGACCCCUACACCCCCGUUCAGCCGAGGGGAGAAAGGCAGAGGCAUCUCCAGAGCCCCGAGAACGUGGAGAGGUACAGGCAGACGCGGAGCGAGGAGCCGAUGGUGCCCGCUGAGCGGAGCGGUCACGCGGAGACCGCUCACUCGCUGAACAACGCUGCGUGUCCCGAGCGCCGGUCCAGCCUGGGAGGCCACAGAGACGCCGGCGCCCAGAACGCCCGCGGAAACGACGGCAGCGCUCCUCCUGCCCAGCUGAGUGAGCACGGGAGCCGGGCCGCGCCGAAUCACCACGGCAACCCCGCCCCCCUGCAGCAGGAGCACCCUCUGACCCGGCUGGAGAACGCGCUGGCGGAGGUGCAGAAGGCCGCGGGCCCGGAGCGGAGGGCCAGCCAGUGCAGCUCCCAGGGGGGCCCGAGGGAGGAGGCGCCCCCGGCCCGCGUCUCCGUGCUGGAGAAGGUGAGCCGCUUCGAGCAGCAGCACAGGCAGGGGAAACUGCGCUGCCAGAGCGCCGGCCACGUGGACUGCGCCCCCCAGCUGAGCCUGGAGCCCAGGGCCAAGAGCUCCAAAGUGCCGCCCCACCUGCGCACGCAGAGCUACAGCGCCGUGCCCGAGGACUGCGGCCAGCCGCCGUCCAUGGAGAGGCGCCGGAGCACGGAGCACCACGUGCCCCGGAGCUCCUGGGGCGCAGACAGGGCCCUGCAGAGGAGCAAGAGCACCUUCCACCUGGCCGAGGACGACGGGAGGAAGGACUUCCCCUGGAGGGAAGGCCUGCAGGACAUCCUGGGCACCAUCCAGGACACGUCCUUCAACACGGCCUACAGGGACAGCAUCAAGGGCGCUCAGUCCAAGGUGCUUCGCUCAACGUCCUUCCGACGGAAAGACUUGAGCGUGGAGCAGCACACUCCCAACAAGCACCUGUCCCUUGAGAGGAAGGGCCCCAAGACUUUGCCCAAACCGCACACCCCAAAGGAGAGGCACGUCGUGACCCCGGAGCUCGAUGGAAUGGCCCCUCCGGCGCUGCCCAGCGUCCCGCCGGUCGGCCCCCCCGCCGUCCGGAUCGGGGGGCGCAAACGUCUGACCCUAGAGCAGAAGAAGCGCUGUUACUCGGAGCCGGAGAAGAUGAAUGAGGUGGGCGUGUCAGAAGGUGACAGCUGCUUGAGCCCCUAUGGAAAGGGCCCAGACCAGCUCCACCUCCCUGAGACUAGCGUGGCCAACAGACGCAGGCUCUUUGAACUGGCAGCCCACAGAAGUGCUGGCCCUGGCCCCAACCCCGGCCCUGGCCCCCGCCCUGGCCCCGGCCCCGCCCUGGCCUCUUCCUCCUCCCGUUCAGACUUGAAGCAGCUCCAGCAGGACGCCUUGGCCGAGUACAUGGAGCGGAAAACGGGCCGUCGGAUGGCCAGGAGCCAGCGCCCCCAGAGUGCCUACCUGCAGCACCCCUCCUACUCCUCCGACUCCCAGAGCCUGUCCUCCACCUCCAGCCUGGUCUCCCUGCAGGAGCCGGAGCUCCAGGAGGCUUCAUGCUCCAGCGGCCAUCACAAGGGGAGCCGGGUGUCCUCCACUCUGCCCCCCGGGGUGCAGGGCUUCUUAUACCCCAGCGGGAACCCCGCGCGGCCUCCGUCCUCCAGCGAGUCCACCUCGUCCUCCUCCUCCGCCCACAAGCCUCGGGGAAGGCCACAGAGAUUCUUCAGCCUGGAGCAGGAGCUAGAUAGACCUGCCCUGGUCACCCACGCCCAACCUCCACAGGGCCUCUGGUUCUCUCAGCACUGUGACACGGCCUUCGAGAGGGCUGCCCCAGCACGGAACUCUGGGAAAUCUGCCUCGGCAGAGGACUUGCUGGAUCGCUCUGAGGAGAUCGCAGUUCCUCAGCACUUCAGAUCUCGAUCCUCGCCAUCUGUUGAGAAGCUCAAUCAGGAUGUAAUGACAGGAGACUACAGACUGCACACAAUGUUUUCCAAGGGGCCUGCGCCGUCCAUCCCCACGGAAAGCAGGCCUGUGGAGAGUGCAGCACCCUCCCUACGCAUGGAAAGAUACCUUUCAAACCUGGGUCCCACGCAGCUGAAGACCCCCGUCACCAGGAGAGAGAAGCAGAGGCUUUCUGAACGCCAGCGGGCGCACAGCAUGUCGGGCCUGGCUGCUUCCGUGGGCCUGCCCUGCCCCUUCUCCUCCCCGGGACACCCCGACUCGCGGUCCAGCGACAUGCUGUGCCAGGCCUCCCUGGAGGUCCUCACCCAGAGCCUGCUGCCCGCCGCGGGGCCGGCCGACUCGCCCCGCGCCCAAACCCGGCAGGGCCCGCCGGGCGCGGCCAGGAAGAGCUCCUCGGACAGCGGCACCUCGGAGGAGACGCUGAAGGACGUCCCGAGGGAGGAGCACGGGGCUCAGGCACCUCCUGCUCUGAGGGCGGCCAGGUCCCCGUCCUCCGGGGGGGACCAGAAGAGCCCGCCCCCCUUUCACCAAGACCCGCCGUCCGCAGCACCUCACAGCUGCUCGUCACCGGGGGAGAGCCCCGUCUCCGCCCCUGCCACGCCCCUGCCCUUCCUGCGUAUCUCGGAGUCCAGCAUCCAUUUCACCUCCUCCUCCCAGCAGCCUCUGGAGGAUGAGGUGUUCCUCCAGGAGCCGGCCCUGCCGCCCCCGCCUCCACCCUCCUCGCCUCCACCUCCACUGCCUGUCUGGGAAGCGGACAACGCCGAGGACUUCCCCCCGCCUCCUCCCCCACCGCUGCUCCUGCCCCCCAUCACAGCUGAACAGCAGGACUACGUGGAGAUGCCCCAGUCUCCUAGACCAGAGCAUCUACUGAGCACGUACGCCCAGGACCAUUCACCUGUCAACAGAGGGACAGAGUCGCCCUUACACUCGCCCCCACCGGUGACCUCUGACCUCCUGCCAACCGCUGCUGUGUUCAGUCUGGGCACAGAGGCCAAGACCCCGUCUCCCGUGGGCGUCUCAGAGACAGAGGCCACCCGGGAGGCACAGGAAAGCCUGGAGCUGGAGUAUCCUGUGCUGUCCAGGAGAGAGAGGUCAGCGGAGGAGCUGAGGGCGGAGGCAUUGGCCAGGGAGCUGGUGUCCAGGGACAAGUCCCUGACUCCCAUCCUGGACACCUGGGCUGUGCAAAAAGCCAUGGAACUGAUGGAGGACGUCUUUCCCGCCAUUGUGCUUCCAAGGCAACGGAGGAGGAGCAGCAGCCGAUUGGAGGACAGCAGAAGGCAGGGCAGAGUUCUCGCUGCUGAGGAAAGACCACUGCAGAGGCAAGAUGGCCCCCAAGCAGAGAUGGAGACAGACCUGGACGAAGUGGAAGUGGACCUUGACCAAAAGAAGGUGGAGCUGGUGAAGGCCCUGUCCCAGAGCGUGGCCGUGCUGCGGGGGGAGAGGGAGGGGCUGGCGGAGGAGCAGAAGAGGUUCAGCGCUCUGAGCGCCCGCGUGGAGGCGCUGGCGCAGGAGCUCUGCAAGGCCAACGAGUACGACAAGUACCGCAUGUUCAUCGGGGACCUGGAGAAGAUGGUCAACCUGCUGCUGUCGCUGUGCGGGCAGCUGGCCCGUGUGGAGAACGCCCUCACCGCCCUGGAGGGCGAGGAGACCGAGGACGGCGCCGAGGAGAGGGAGACCCUGCAGAACAGGCGGCGGAAGCUCUGCGGUCAGCACGAGGACGCCCGGGAGCUGAAGGAGAACCUGGACCGGCGGGAGCGCCUGGUCCUGGACAUCCUGGGCGGGUACCUGACCGCGCCCCAGCUGCACGAGUACCGGCGCUUCGUCCUGGUGAAGCCGGCGCUGAUGAUUCGACAGCGCCACCUGGACGAGCUCAUCCGGCAGGGGGAGGAGCAGCUGCACAGGCUGGGCGAAGACCUGCAUCCCGAGGGCCAGGCCCAGGUUGCCAGCCCUGCCCCCUGCCCCUCCCCCCCUCCUGCCCGCUCUCCUGCGGUGACCUCCCUCUGACCCCAGCUCAGACUGCUGCUCACAAAGACUGCUGAAGAAUAUACUUGAACUGACACCUCUUCCCCCUGCUGGACUGCACACACUCCUUGGUCGGACACCUUCUCCCUCCAGCAGAAGGGGAAUAUGCUUUAUAUUGAAGGAUGAUGUCACCCGCUUAGUCAUUCUGAAGGACCCUCACACCAGAUCCACACACCAAUGACUGGUAGCAGACAUUGAAUGACAAUAUAUUUGUACUUAAGUCUGCUUUUAACUAUCAAACAUGCCUGCCUUUUUUCACACUUAUGAAAUGUGCUCGCUCUGGCCUUAUCCUGAACAUGGAUUUUUAGAUGACUUAUAGAUCGAGGCCAAGGGGGUGAUUGAAUGUAUAAUUAAAGGGAACUGGCAUUUGGGUACCUGAAAGAUGCAUGAAGAGCCUAUGGUAUUUUUAUCAGUGGUGCUAUAAAUUUAGUGAAUGCCCCCUCACCCCACCCCCAUUUCUAAAACAACAUGAUGGGUCUGGCCAUUCGUGAAAUAAACAAAAAGGGGGCCGGAAACAAGAGGUAAUGUAUAUCUACAUUCAGAGAAGUUAAGAAAGGCCAUAGCUUACACAACAUGCUUUUAUAUUUUGCCACAUUUGCACACAAAUGUUGCAUGAGAUAUAUAAGCACUCUACGUGAUGCUUUUAGGGUAUCGUUACAGCCCAACAACCUGCAGUAGAUUUAAUAUGGCCAAAUGACUGCUCUGCAGUAUUAAGCACCUACUGAUGGUUUUUUAUUUUUUCUUGUGCACAGCGUUUGUGGAGACAAUGUUCUAUCUGCAGUGAUAAAAGACUGUGUCCACGUUGUUUUCAGAAAAGCACUGUUUGCUAAAUCCUCUCAACACCCUUUUCAUUUUUAUCAGCACAGAUAUUAAUAGCACUGGACCGAAAUGGCACUUGUUCCGGGCGGCUACUCAGUUGUAGGCUCAGCGCCAUUGCAUUCUGUCAUAUGAAGACUACAUCCUAGAAAAACCACUUAAACUUUGGACAUUUGUCAUGUACACUAAAACAAAGUUCAGUAUAGCUCCCACGUGAUCCAAGGACCACAGCAAUGAUUAUUUAUAUAUAUUUUAUGUAAGUGGCUGUACAUAUGGUGUGCUAACCUCUCUUCUACAAAUUGCUAUUAUGUAGUUGACUUUUUUAUGACAGGAUGUUUUUGAACGUACGUGAAAUGUCAAGACAUGCAUUACUUUCAAGAAAGAAGGAAAUUAGGGUUUUUGUCCACCAAAACAAUAAUUCCACACACAAGGUCAUCGUGGUUAUUAAUAUUCCUGUUAGUCCAUAAGUAACUCGCAGGAAGGAUCUGCAUGUAUGCAGUUACUGCUUAUUUCAGAUCACACAGGGCAGAUGUUAUCACAAGACAAAUACAGUACUACUGUGAGGAGAGCACAUUGUGAUAGUUCUGUGGAUUUAAUCAUGUGCCUCUAUAUUGACCAUAGGGCACUUUCCAAAUUAUUUUGCCAGUGUAAUUCAUUUUUCAUUUUAUUUUAAGAGCACCUUCUACAUCAUAUUUAAAUAUAUAAAACACCUGCAAGUGAAUAUAUUCAGCAAUAAAGGCAAAAGGUGCCAACAAUACAUUCAUUGCUUUGCGAAGCCAUUUUCGAACACCCAGAUUUUACUGUUUCUGAUCCUUAAAGUAAUCAAGGCAGAUUGGUUCAAACCUUGUUUUAUGGUCGAAGACAGUUGGAAAACAAAUAUUCAUUCUAUGAAAUAAAUCUAUUUUUAAAGA